AUGUGGAACGACGAGGAUAACAACCCGUACGGCACAAGCUUUGACCGCCGAGAUUCUCAGACCUCGUCCUCCCUGAAUCCGACCUCCCCGACUUCUCCCACCUUGCAUGACUUUGGCCACAUAGAACGUGCGCAUACACCUACGUCGACGAGUGACGAUGAGGGACCCAUUGCUUCCUAUGGUGGGGGCCUAACGCUAGGCAAUGAUGGCCGCGGUGCCAGAUUUGACGACGACGAUGAUGAUGAUGACGAUGAUGACGAUGACGACGACGCCGCUGCCGCUGCCGCUGCCAGCGAAAACAUCCCCAGGCGGAAGCCCGGCGGAUACGACAGUCGAAUCGAGCAGAUCCUCUACGAGAAUCCCUCUCUGUCCGUUGUGAUUACCGACGCCGGCAAGAGCCUCGAAAGCGGAGGGAGGCACAUUGUGUAUACUAUCCGCACGGGGGAUCUCGAAGUGCGACGCCGCUACUCCGAGUUUGCUUCGCUUCGUGAGGCUCUCACACGACUACAUCCUACUCUCAUCAUCCCGCCUAUCCCAGAGAAGCAUACCAUGGCCGACUACGCGGCGAACCCGACCAGUGCGAAGCAGGACCAGCAGAUUAUUGAUCUCAGGAAGCGUAUGCUUGCAGUAUUCCUGAACCGCUGCCGCCGGAUGGAGGCCGUUCUCAACGAUGGCGUUUGGUGGAGGUUUCUUGAUCCUAAUGCUAGCUGGAAUGAGGUUAUGCAUUCGCACCCUGUCUCCUCUAUCCCAAAGUCCAUUCUCAAGGCACCUCCCUUGGACCCCGCGAACCCUACGGCCGCCCAUAACUACCUCCCAGUGCCUUCUAGCUCGGCCAAGCUCAAGACUGGCUCCCACGAUAUCUCCGCGUCCACCUACCAGGCCGAAAACGCAGGCCGCGGUGCGCCUAUUCCAAACAACCUCAGCGAGCAAGAUCUGGACACCUAUUUUAUAGCAUACGAGGCGUCUAUCAAGGAAUUGGAAAGCCUUCUCACGGGUCCUAUGGAAAAGGUUAACCGUCGCACCCUCAGUCACCUGGCAGCCCUUGCCGCCGACCUCUGCGAACUAGGAUCGAGAUACAAUGCUUUUGCCCUGUCAGAGCAGGCGCCGUCCCUAGGACCGGCCAUCGAGAGGGUCGGCCAAGCAGCCGACAUAUCCUACCUUGCAACCGAAGAGAUGUCCAGCUCACUAGGUGCCACCUUUGCGGAACCAAUGAGGGAGAGCGCCCAGUUUGCAGGGGUGGUUCGGAGUGUGUUGCGCUACAGAGCUCAGAAGAGGAUACAGCAAGACCUGACAGCGGAUGAGCUCAACAAGAAGAGAGAUCUGCUGGAACAGCUGGAACGAAGCGAAGCAGAGGCAAGGCGUAUUGAACAGUACCUUUCUAGCAGCCAACAGAUUUCGCCACCGCCGAAGCGAUCGACCAGCCUUAAGGAACCUGGGCCCCGGCGAGAUGGCCAGGAAGACACGGAGUCCAUUGACUCAGAUUUCCCUACCCAGGGCGACGUCCGUGGGCCUCCGCCGUCAGCCAGCCAGGGGCUCCCCGAAAGGCGUGCCAGCACGUCUCAUAGAAAGAUGCCAAGCAGCAACUCCAUCACGAACAGGAUCUUUGGACCCAUCCGGCACGCUGUGCAAGGGGUAGUCGAUGUGGACCCUGAGCGAACCCGACGCGACAUGAUUGGAAAGACCAGGGAAUCGAUCGGUCAGUUGGAGCAGGCUCAAGUUGUAUCGGAGAGGGACGUCAAGGAUGCGAGCGCCAGCGUCUUGAAAGACUUGAAACGGUUCCAGAAUGAUAAGGAGGAAGAUUUGCGCAAGUACAUGCUGGCUUAUGCGCGAAGCCAAGUCGAGUGGGCCAAGAAGAGUAAGCAGCAGUGGGAAGAGGCCCGAGCUGAGAUUGACAAGAUAGACGAGAGGUGA